AUGGGCGGCGGGGGCAGUGACGGCGACGGCUACAGCGACUGGGCGGUGCUGCCCUGCCCUCCCCGCCUUGCCGAUGUUAGUCUUGCUCUGGUCGGGAAAGUUGGUUCCGGCAAGAGCGCAACCGCAAAUUGCAUACUUGGAGACGACGCAUUUGAAUCGAAGGACUCUUAUAGAGCUGUCACUGAAACUUGUCAGAAGAGAAGCAGGGAGUUCCACGAUGGCUGUGCGACCCGUACCGUGAAUGUCAUAGACACUCCGGGCCUAUUCGACAUGGAUAGUACAGCUGAAGAUGUUCAGAAAGAGAUAGCCAAGUGCAUGGACAUGGCCAAAGAUGGCUUCGAUGCUAUGCUUAUGGUCUUUUCAGCUCAGUCUCGGUUUUCUUGUGAAGAUGAGAAGGCAAUUGAGUCAAUCAAACUGCUCUUUGGCAAUGAAGUCCUUGAUCACAUGAUAUUAGUUUUCACACAUGGAGAUGUAGUAGGGGGCGAAAGCCGUUGGAAGAAAAAGUUAACUGACAGUGCCCCAGCAUAUCUCCAGGACAUGGUGGACCUAUUUGCAGACAGAGUUGUUCUCUUUGACAAUAACACCAGUGAUAUGCAGCAGCGCGAGUAUCAGCUCAAAAAUUUGUUCCGUGCGGUGGAUUUUGUCAUAUCAAGAAAUCAUGGCAGACCGUUCUGCAACCAGAUGUUCACUCAGAUUAAGGAAAUGCAUCCAGUAUCCAUAUCAAAUAAAGAGAUAUAUGAUGACUACCUUAAACAGAUAAGCAAGAUGGUGGAGGAAAAGUUAAACAGUACAAUUGCAAGGCUGGAAACCCAGCUGCACGAAGAGCAGAAAGAAAGGCAAGCCGUAGAGAACAGCUUGAGAGAAGAGAUUCAUGCACUGAAGGAUAGCCUGAAGAAGGCUGAAGAAGAGGCCAACAAAUCUAGCAGCAAAUGCAUCAUUCUGUAA